CCUACCAGGACCCGGAGUGGUCUGCUGGGCCAGCAGCAGAAGGCCAUGAGCCACCAUGUCUGAGGGCAGCAAGGGCAGCUCGCUGGCCUUUGGCCAGGUGGUGAUUGGGCCUCCAGGCUCUGGGAAGACAACCUACUGCCAUGGAAUGCAGGAGUUCAUGGGCAGGAUCGGGCGCAAGGUGGCUGUGGUGAACCUGGACCCUGCCAACGAGGCCAUGCCCUACCAGUGUGCCCUGGACAUCGCCCAGCUCAUCGCCCUGCCCGACGUGAUGGAGAGCCUGAGGCUGGGCCCUAACGGGGGCCUGCUCUACUGCAUGGAGUACCUGGAAGCCAACUUUGACUGGCUGCAGGAGAAGCUGGCAGCGUUCAGGGGUCACUACUACCUCUUUGACUGCCCAGGGCAGGUGGAGCUCUACACCCACCACAAUGCCCUGAAGAACGUCUUCGCACAGCUGGCCAAGUGCAAUUUCAGGCUGGCUGCAGUGCACUUGGUGGACUCUCACUACUGCACAGACCCUGGCAAGUUCAUCUCUGUCCUCUGCACCUCACUCUCCACCAUGCUGCACGUGGAGCUGCCCCAUGUCAAUGUCCUCUCCAAGAUGGACCUGAUCGAGCAGUACGGGAAGCUGGCUUUCAACCUGGAUUAUUACACAGAGGUCCUGGAUCUCUCUUACUUGGUUGACCAUUUGGCUUCUGACCCCUUCUUCAGGCACUAUCGGCGCCUCAACGAGAAGCUGGUGGAGGUGAUCGAGGACUACAGCCUGGUGUCCUUUGUGCCCCUCAAUGUCCAGGACAAGGCCAGCAUGCGGCAGGUGCUGCAGGCAGUGGACAAGGCCAAUGGCUGCUCCUUUGGGGACCAGGAGCACAGGAGUCUGGAAGCCCUGAUGUCAGCAGCAGUGGGAGCUGAUUUCCACUUCACUUCCACGCUGGCAGUGCAGGAGAAGUAUUUGCAAUCUCAGGACAAAGCUGUGGAAGAAGAGGUGCUGGAGCUGUGACACACCCACCCUGCCACAGCUGCUCCCUGCUGUCACACCUCUGCUUUUCCUCCCAGCAGCUGGAAGCACCUCGGCGUCCUGUGACUCAGACCAAGGGCAGGCCUGCCCAGGCAGAGGGCUGGCUGCUGGCCUCCCUCUCUGUAAGGCUUUGACCUCUGGUGCUGCAGCCCAGCUGCACAGGGCAGGGUUUCUGUGCUCCUCACCAGGCCAGGCCUUCCCUUAGCAGCAAGCUGGCUUCAGCCAGGUGGAGAAGAGAGGAGAAGCAAGAGCCAGGAGACUGACCUCUGCCAAGUCUCCUCUUCCUCAUGACCAAGACAGAACCAGAGAGAGACAAAUCAAUUGGAGCUGUCUCCUGCAGUGAGACUUGAGCCAGUUCUGGGUGUCCCAGGGAGGAGCAUGUGUGGGCCUGGUGCUCAGAGGCCAAGGAGCCUCUGACCUGUCUUGGGGA